AUGUCUGACAUCACCUCCACAAUCAUCUCCACUGCGGACGAAGAGCAAGGAUCGAUCGCUGGCCCAGAUGAUAGCCUCCAGAUUCCUACAUCUUAUGGCAAAGUCUCCAUGGGUGUCAAAUCUAGCCGUGGCAGUCCACUAAAGUGCAAAUGGAAGCACUGUGAAUACUCAGGUGGAUUUUCUCAAAUGGGAGCCCUGCUACGCCACAUCAAAACAAAGCACAUCUCGCCGGGCUUAUAUGAAUGCCCCGAGGGAGAGUGCCGGAAGUCGUUCAAUCGAAAGGAUAACUUGACUGCGCAUAUCCGGAAUGUUCAUCGCGCGAGCGUUUGA